AUGAACACUAGCGAUGAAGACCCGUGGGGUGAUGACGACGAUGCUUGGGGUGACGACUCUGGACGAAAUAUCGGUCCAGAAGCUGGAGACAGUAGUACUAAAAAAUACAGUAAGGAUGGGGAUAGGAUGGAAGCGGGAGACGGUCAUAGUCAGGAAAAGGAUAGCAGCACAUCAAUCUCAAUGUCAACUUCAAAUAGUACAAGUGCCAAGAAGAACAAUCCGGAGAAAACUUCUAAAGGUAUCGUUCCCGCAAUGUCUCCAGUACAAGAAUUCGAUAUCGCUUCGCCUGACGAAGGAAACACACCUGUUGCGGGUAUGCUGAUAAAACCCGACGAUCUG